AUGAUCGACUCCAUCGUUCUAUUUGCUGCUUGUUCCGUGAUAUACUUACUUUCCGGAGGAAGAUGGUCGAUUUUCGUGGCUGUAUCGGUCGGAUUUUGGCUCCUUCCAAGCAGUCCGAAAAAGGCAAUUGCACCAUUGCCAGCGGUUAAAGAGUCUCCAAUCUAUGCGGUUGAUUUCACCACUUCAUCCGAAGCAACUCUUGCUGAGGACUCUAGUGUCAAGCCAGUUCCCCGUGCCAUCCGCUCACGUGCAAAGAGGGCCCCCAAAAUCAUCAGAGCCGGGAAACAAGCUCCAUUGGCAGCCAAUGUCAACUCCCCCGCACUUACAAAGACAUCCAUAAAUUUACUUGACUCUCAAGUUUAUAUUUUCUAUACUACUUUGACCGGAUCUUCCCAUAGAGUGGCCAAGGCAUUGAAUGACAAGCUUGAUGCCUUACCUGACUUGAAACUCCCACCCAAGAUGUUGAGUCUUGAUGAUGAUUUGGAUGAUCUUGAAGAAUAUUUCAUGAAGACCCCCACUGAUGAAAAGAAUUACACAAAGAACAUUUAUUUGUUGGUUCUCCCAUCCUAUGAGACUGAUUCCCCCAUUGACUAUUUCUUGGAACAUCUUCAAGACACCUAUAACGAUUUUAGAGUUGAUAAGUACCCGUUGCGUCAACUCACAGGGUUUGCCGUAUUGGGACUUGGAGAUUCCGAAUCAUGGGGUGAGAAGUCCAAGUUUUGUUAUCAGGCCAAGUUGGCUGAUCGUUGGAUGGGUAAACUUGGUGCCAGAAGACUUUUCCCCAUGGGGGAAGUAUGUAUGAAAUAUCAGGGAGAACCUAAGGCCAACGAAUGGAUUCAAAGCUUUGCCGAGCUUUUGAAUGAUGAUGAACCCUUUUAUAUUGAUGAAGACGUUGAUGAUAGUGACGUGGAGGCUGAUGGGUCUGGCAAUGAGGAUGCAGACACUUUGGUUGAUGUCGAAGACAUGGGUGAUGUGAUGAGAAAGCAAGGACAGGGACUCCCAGUCAAAGAAAUGGUUGCCAAGGACUCUCCAACCUACAAGUCACUCACCAAGCAAGGAUAUACCAUUGUUGGGUCACAUUCCGGAGUGAAGAUUUGUCGUUGGACCAAGUCUGCCUUACGUGGGAGAGGUUCUUGUUAUAAGUUUGCCUUUUACGGGAUCAAAUCUCAUCUUUGUAUGGAAACUACCCCAUCUUUGGCAUGUUCCAACAAGUGUGUAUUUUGCUGGCGUCAUGGAACAAACCCUGUGGCCAAACUGAACUGGAGAUGGGAGUUGGACCCACCGGAAAAGGUCAUGGAAGGUGCACUCCAAGGACAUUACCAAAAGAUUAAGCAAAUGAGAGGUGUUCCAGGAAUUCAGAUGGAUAGAUUCCAAGAGGCUUUCCAAGUGAGACAUUGUGCCUUGUCACUUGUAGGAGAACCAAUCUUCUACCCAUACAUCAAUGAAUUUGUUGGUAUGUUACAUGAACAACAUAUUUCUUCGUUUUUGGUUUGUAAUGCCCAACAUCCUGACCAAUUGGCCAAAUUGAACAAGGUGACCCAAUUAUACGUAUCCAUUGACGCCCCCACCAAGACAGACUUGAAGAAGGUGGAUAGACCUUUGAACAGUGACUUUUGGGAAAGACUUGUUGCAUGUUUGGAUAUCUUACGUACCACUCAACUGCAUCAACGUACUGUUUUCCGUUUGACUUUGGUUAAGGGAUUCAAUAUGACUGAUAUCGAAAGUUAUGCCGAUAUGGUGGAAAGAGCCCAACCUUCUCAGAUUGAAAUCAAGGGAGCCACCUUCUGUGGCUCUUCCACUGGGAAUGGGAACCCAUUGACAAUGCAAAACAUUCCAUUUUAUGAUGAAUGUAAGAGCUUUGUCGAGAGUUUGGCCAAGGAAUUGCAAUCCAGAGGACAUCAAUACGAAAUUGCAGCAGAACAUGCUCACUCCUGUUGCAUUUUGAUGGCACAAAAGAAGUUCUUUAUCGAUGGUAGAUGGCACACCCAUAUCGAUUACCCCAAGUUUUUCGAGCUUUUGGAGAGUGGUGAAGAUUUUGUGGACUUGGAUUACGUGAAACCAACGCCAGAUUGGGCCGUUUGGGGGUCUUACGAAGCUGGCUUUAACCCUGAUGAUACAAAGUAUGACAGAAAGGCUGAGAAGUUGAGAAAGAGAUUGGAAAGAGAAGAGGCUGGGGAUGCAUAUGUAGAGAAGAAGAAGGAAGAAAUUGUUGUAGUGGAGACAUGA